GGACAACAAUUUAAGUAUCGCGGCUAUGUCGUUAACUUCCUCGCAAAAAACGCUAAGAUCUUCCGCAAGCUUCUACAACUGCCUAAGAACCUCGACAUUAUGUUGCUUCGUCUAGUUCAAAAGGAAGGUAGUGGCGACGAUCGCACUCGAUAG